AUGCCCCCGCUUCAGACCGGUAGUGUGCAGAACAAUAGUGUCCAAAUGUUGGCGGCUAUGAGGGAUAAUCUAAGGUCAAGUGAGAACUCGACCACGGGACACCUCCACGAGCGCGCAACCGGGCUCAAGGUCAUGAUUUGGUUUCAGUCUCAAGGAGUUGCUGUAGACUUUGUUGGGCCUUAUACAGGCACGGUACAGCCUGAUAAGGCAGCACCACCGUCCCCGCCAGCAUUAUACGGGGAACCCCAACCAACAGGCGCGGUCAAAGUCAGUGGGGGCUACGCGAAAGAAGUGUCAUCGGAAUUUCCCAAAAGUCAUUUCGCUGUUUGGGGCCGUGCUGCUGCUGUGGAUAAAGGCCUGAUCAAGGAGGUCAUGGCAGCUCACCCAGCAGAUUUGAUGCUGCUAUUACUGGGCUUUAAUGAUAUGGGGUGGUUCUACAGUGAUUCGAUGGGAACUUUGGACAGUAUUCAUACGUUGAUCAGCAAUGCUCGGGCUGCAAAUCCAAAGAUCAAGUUUGCCAUUGCUAAUGUACCACAGCGGAGUUUCAUUGGUGGCCGUGAGGAUCUUCCUGUUAGCACCAAUAUAUACAACUCUCUACUGCGCGAUACUAUUCCCAAAUGGAGCACCACAGCUUCUCCAAUCUAUCUUGUUGAGCUGGAAGAGAACUACAACUGUCAACCUAGUUCAUGUCCAGUGGGUUCCGAUGGACUUCAUCCAAACGCGAUGGGUGAAUACCAGAUUGCUCGCGCCUUCUCGCAAACCCUAGUGAAGGAUUUCAGGAUCGGGUCAUCCGCACUGAGUAUACCCAAUCAUGUUCCUGCCAGGCCCUUACCGGUACCUAGCAAUUUCAAGGUAUUCGCUAGCCCUGGUGGCGUAACUGCAACAUGGGAUCCAGUCUAUGGUGCGUAUAACUACGACGUUCGAUCCAAGAUCAAGGGGGGUAUCCCGAAUUUCUCCUCAGGCAGCGUAUCCUCCAAUCGAUGGGAUGCUACUUGGCCUAUAGAUGGCUGGGAGUAUGAGGUUCAGGUGCGCGCCAGUGCUGGGGACACUAUCAAGGGCGACUGGACCACUACUUUAACCGCAACAGCCCAUCCCCAGACAGCGGAAGCCCCUCAGAACGUGAUUGUUAGCGCUACCACAACUGGUUUCGACAUAUCCUGGGAUCCACCCACAGGCUCUUACAGUGACUCUGUUAUCGAAUAUAACGUUCUUUACUGGGACAAGGACGCAGAAUGUGAUUUUAUUACCGGAGCCGCGUUUACAGGCACUUCGGCCCACAUAGAUAGCCUAGUUGCAGGGCACCGUUACUUCGUGGCCGUUGAGACCUGGAAUGCCGCUGGACAGGGCUUUCCAGCUGUGGUUCGAAGUGUUAUUCCUGGCGCUGGCACUCCACCACCCCCAACGGACCUGAAGAUCAUCGCAGCGGAUCAAACCACAGUCCAUCUUACGUGGGAUAGCCUCUCUGCUGCGGCGGGCUACCGGCUUUGGUUACGCAAUGUAAAUGCCACAGGCAGUAAGCUUGAGGCAUUGAACUACACGGUGGAAGCUGCUUGUAGUGAUCAAUACUAUCUGUUUCCCGGUACAUGGAACUAUGAGUGGUGUGUUAGCGCUUUCAAUGGAAAUGCGGAGUCUGCCAAAGGGAAAUGUGUCCUCGCCCCAUCCCCGGACGAAGACGGUGGUGCGGCACCAACCUGCCCACCCGCUCAUCAAUGGUGUCCGAAUGGUGGUGGCGUCGGAGGUGGCAGUGGUGGAGGAGGAGGCUCCGGAGGCGGUGGUGAUAGCGGUGGCAGCAGCGGUGGUACUACGGAAGAGCCAUGGCCGGUAGUCACCAAUGGUCAAUGCAAAGGUCCGGAUUGUAAGAACGGACAAUGUACGGGGCUUCUUUGCGCUUCCUUUGGCUGCAGUGGAUCAGGCUGCUUGAAUGGCGUCUGUACUGCCUUUGGGCAAUGUACUGUCCAUGGAUGUCUUGGAUCCGGAUGCAGAGAUGGUGUCUGUGUGGCGGACGACUGCAUCACGGCCGGCUGCGUGGGGGAUAACUGCGGAGAAGAUGGAAAGUGUACUGGCGACCGCUGUAUUGGUCUGGGCUGUUCUGGAUCUGAUUGUGGAAAGGAUGGUAUCUGCACCGGUCCGGAUUGUUGGGAAGGGACAUGCAGUGGUAGCGGAUGUGCCAACGGGAUUUGCUCCGGUAGCAAAUGUUCGAGCUAUGAUGGCUGUGUCGGCAAGGACUGCAACAACGGUUCCUGCAAGGGAGACGACUGCAGCAGCUGCUCGGGCUCAGACUGUCGUGAUGGUGACUGCACCGGUGACAACUGCAUCGGAUGUACGGGGCCUGACUGUCAUAACGGCCAAUGUACUGGUUCGAACUGCUACGGCUGCACGGGUCGGGACUGCCAUCAUGGGAGCUGUAGGGGAGAGCAUUGCAGCAGCUGUGUAGGAUCAGAUUGUGUCGUUUCUAAUGGCAAGAGCGGCUUUGAAUUGAACUGGAUGGACCGCUUCUGGGAUUAUCUGUUUACAGAACAACACUACUCCUGCGACAACUUCAACCGACUCAUGUUCGACAACUGCAACAAUCUUCAGCCGGUUUAUAAUAACUUACCGGGUGACAACAAGUGGGACUUUAUUGGUAUAACUCAAGAGCUGAAUAAGUUCAAGGCAAUGAUAGGGGGUGACUACGAAGCGCAUGUUGUCAAGCAAAGCGAGAAUGCUCGUAAGAAAAUUAUAGUGGAAAAGAAACCGUGGAAGGCUUCAGAAGCAAUCAUAAGGGCCCGAAUGGGGAUUCUAGAAAAAAUCGUUCUUGCAUGCGAUAUAUGGACAUCAAGCGACAUCUUCGGUCCACUUGAUUCAACAAAUUAUAGGAUAUACUCCACUUUGAAGGACCUUGAUGCCGAUCUAGCGGCCACAUAUAGAUAUUGGAUGACAAAUGUCAGGAUUCCCCGGCAGAUGAAGGCAGGAAGCCGAGAAGCUGCACUCUUGGUCACAUCCAUUGAGGACGGACUCAACAUCGCGACUACCAAGGCCUUGGAAACAGCAGAUGGAGCAGAUCGUCUGAGUGAAUACCACCAAGCGUUGCAGGCUAUACGUGAGAGAUACCACCUUGACGGCACCGGGAACGUGUGCAACAAGCCCAUCAAUCUGAACUGGGAUAGGGUUACUACACCUGGCGACCUGAGACCCCCCCCUCUUGCUCGCCGAGAUUCAUGUCCAUUCCCAAUCACGACCAAGGACCCUACCAACCCUACUAGCACAUCUACUGCUCCAACAACGACUACCACAUCUUUAUCUAUCCCAACAGCGACCAAAUCCAGCGAUCCGAUUUACUGCUUCAAUGAGCACAACGAUGGCUCCUACGUGCCAUUCAAAGUCACUGGGGCAAAGGCAGCGAUGGAAGCACUUUGCUAUAACGGCAACUCUUUAAAGCCUGGAGGACCUCCGUACACGUAUGUAUACAGCGAUCCUUCUGGAACCAACGUGAUUGGAUCUGUUCAAUGGGCCCCCGAUCAGUCUGGCUGCAAGCCCGAGAAGGAAGUCGAGAUGAAAAUUCACUGCGAAACUGCGAUGGAGCAUUGCUUCUCCAAAUGUAGAAAUCCUACCGAGGGAUAUGGUGGUGCUUUUGUUGAAAAUCAAGGGUUUGGUUGCAUUCAGUGGAUGCUUUAUGCGCAGAAGAGCAACACGCAGUGCAGCUGCAACGAAAAUGGGUGUACACCUGAUAGCCCUGCAUGUUGUGCUAAUGGGUCCUGUGGUACGAGUAAUUCGUUGAUGUCGGCGGAGAUGAAGUUGAUCUCGCUGUAUGAGGUAGAUCCUGCGCUGAGCCUAAGUUUGAACACGAAGAGUACAGAGGACGAUUUGAACGCUUGA